AAUAAACAGCCAUUGAAAUAUAAAAGCAUAUCCAAUUCAAUUCUUCAUUGAUCAUACAUAUUCUUUGUUUUGGAGGUUGUUUGUUUGUGUUUAUCACCGGCAUGGGUAAGGGUGACAUUGAGGCUGGAUUUUCCCACGCACAUGGCGACAACCUGUAUCCGUCGAUGAUAGAGUCACCUGAGCUCCGAUGGGGUUUCAUCCGUAAAGUUUACAUCAUUGUUUCCAUUCAGCUUCUGCUCACAGCUGGUGUUGCAUGCUUUUUCAUGUUUUUUCCACCAGCAAGGGAUUUUGUUCGCAACCGUCUUUAUUGCGUCAUUAUCUUGAUUGUUGCUAUCAUCUUCACAAUCAUACUUUUGUUUGCGUUGAGCAAAUAUUACAAAAAACACCCGGUGAAUCUAUUUCUUCUUGGUCUCUAUACUCUUUGCAUGUCUGUUGCAGUUGGAUUUGCUUGUGUUUUUGCCAAAGCACCGGUCGUCCUAGAGGCAGCAUUUCUAACGGGUGUGGUGGUUGCUAGCUUAACAUUCUACACAUUUUGGGCUGUUAAAAGAGGCAAAGAUUUUAGUUUCCUUGCUCCAUUCCUCUUUGCUUCUCUUUUGGUGUUGAUGAUGUUUGCACUUAUUCAGAUAUUAAUCCCUCUUGGACCAAUAGGGAAGACAGUAUAUGCUGGCUUGGGUGCAUUAUUAAUGUGUGGCUUCAUCGUAUAUGAUACUUGUGACCUCAUUAAAAGAUACAGCUAUGACGAAUACAUUUGGGCUGCCAUUGCUAUCUAUGGUGACAUUGUCAACCUCUUCCUCUAUAUACUAACUCUUUUGCAAGACUUUUAAGGCUUGAAUUGAAGCCUUUUUAUUUUAGCUAGAAUAUGCUUCUUAGUUUACCUCUUCCAAUUCCAUAUUGACAUAUUCCAUACAUUCAGAGGGUACUCUUUACUUUUAAUAAAAUUGUGGCGGGUCUUUUUAUAUCAUUCAUUGUGAAAAAAAUAUUAAGGAAACAAACUUUUCAAUUGAACUCAUAUAUUUAAUACAGAAAUUGACUGCAAUGAAUA